GGAAGGAAGCCAAAGAGUCGUCGCGGUGCAUCGAAUCGCCCAACACGAAAUUCACUGCUCUCUCUCUCUCUCUCUCUCUCUCUCUCCUCUUCUUAUCCCGAUCGAGAUCUCAAUCGAGCAUUAAAAACAUCGAGGAGAGUUCGAGUCGAUUACCCAAACCCUAGCUCUUCUCCUUCCUAGCCGAUAGUUCCACCCCGAAUCGAUCGAAUUCGAAGAGAGCACGAUGCAUGCCAAGUCGAAGAUGUCAGGGAUGCUCUCCAAGGGAUUCAAGCCUGAUAAAUGCAAGACGUCGCUGAGGCUUGCGGUGGCCCGUUUAAAGCUUCUGAGGAACAAGAGAGAGGUGCAGAUCAAGCAGAUGAGGCGGGAGUUGGCGCAGCUUCUGGAGACGGGCCAAGAUCAAACCGCGCGGAUCAGGGUUGAACAUGUCAUCAGGGAAGAGAAGACAAUGUCAGCAUAUGAUCUGAUUUCAGUAUACUGUGAACUUAUCAUGGCGCGCAUGCCGAUGAUCGAGUCACAGAAGAACUGUCCAAUUGAUCUGAAAGAAGCAAUAGCUAGUAUAGUAUUUGCAUCACCAAGAUGUGCAGAUGUACCAGAAUUGAUGGAUAUCCGCAAGCAUUUUUCAGCGAAGUAUGGCAAAGAAUUUGUUACUGCAGCUCUUGAAGUUCGACCACAAUGCGGUGUUAGCCAUCUUGUCGUCGAGAAAUUGUCAGCUAGAGCACCUGAUAUAGAGACCAAACUCAAAAUAUUGACUGCAGUAGCUGAAGAGCAUAAUGUCAAGUGGGAACCGAAAGUAAUUGAGGAGCAAAUUCAACAACCAAUUGAUGAUCGACUGGAUGGCCCUACAACUUUUAUAAGUGCCAAUGUUCAUUUUGGGCAAUCCUUUGAUCUUAAGCCACCCUCUGCCCUGCCCAAGGAUGAACCAAUCAAGAGAAUGUCUGAACAUGAAACUUCGGUACCUCUUAGUUCUCAAUCUUAUUCAGAAACAUCUGAUAUGGAACCUAAGGGUGUAACGGAAGAAGUUGAACCUCCGCAUUCGAAGGAAAACAAAGCUUCUUUUAAUAAGACAAAUUGGAAAAUUGAAUUCAAGGAUGCGGCCUCUGCUGCUCAGGCAGCAGCAGAGUCUGCAGAAAGAGCUAGCUUCGCUGCUAGGGCUGCUGCUGAACUUGCUAGACAGAAUUCCGCUGAAUCUAAAUCAUCAAAUAACAGUUUCAAAUACAGACCCAGCAAAGGUCAAGUUGAAGAUAUUGAUAAGCAGUCUGUACAUUCACCAGAUAGAAGCAGCUCUGAUAGGAUGAGAACGUAUCCACAAGCAUCUCAAACUAGCUUAAAUAAAGAAGCGAAAAGCACUUCUGUUGAUUCUUCCAGUAUGGAUACUACAUCACGUCGACUGUCUCCAUCUCCAUCCCAUUCCAGCGUCUCAUCAAUGGAGGAUGAUCAUGAUGAACUGAGGAACACAAUUGAAAAGACAGAUGUCAGGACCUAUGAUAAUUCUGAGAAAAGAUUCUCAGAGAUGGAAUUCACAGUUAAUGAUCACAAGAAGGGAAAUAACAACACGAAUAACUAUAGCAAGUCGCUUUCUUCUGGUAAUGAUACAUCUACGAUCUACAAGGAGACCAUUUGGGAUGAGCAUUUUGAUAAUACAACAUUUGCUGAUUCUUCUACUGCAGUUUUUGAUCGAUAUGGUUCUGAUACUGAAGAUCCUAUGGUGUUUGGUAAUAAAAGCAGAGACAAUUCGCUACGCAAAAGGGAAGAAUCAUCUAAAUUUGGUGAGAAUUCUAUUUUCUCGCCUAAUAAUAUUUGGGGUUCUAAGGAGCAAAAGAGUGGACACUGGGGUAGUGGAAGUCCCUUCUCCCCUCCUGUGAGUGGACCCUACCUGGAAGACAAAGCAAAAGAGAUGAAAACAAAUUCAACCCCGCCACGUUUAGAUGAUGAUCUGCCACCAUCUUUUGACUCGGAUGGUUUCAGCUCCGAUAACGAGGAUGAAAUUCAUGAAUCUAUGCUGCAUAAGCAGAGUGUCUUAAGGAAAGACUCUUAUUUGGGUGUUUCUGGUCAUUCUGGCGACCAUCAAGAAGAUAAAGAAGAUAAGAGGAGUUCUCCAUCUUUUGUCUCUGAUGUUAAAGAGACAAAGAAAGAAGCUGAAUCAAGCAUUGCAGAUACAUAUGGGAAGACAUCUUCUUUGACUCGGCCGAAUGACGAGCAAUCUUAUAGAAAUGACAAGCUUCUGAGUAACUUGGAUGAUACAGAAUUGUGGCAAUCAUCUGAAGUUUUAUCCAUGGAAGAAAGAGGAGCAAAGAAACAAUUGCCAUCGACUUCUAAACACCCUGAGAUUGCUGAUAAUGACUAUGAAAGUGAAAAGGGUUUGGACCUUGGAAAAUUAACAGGUGGGCUCAAAAAUAGAGGUUACCAGCAUGCACCUUACACGAGGAAACCCAUGCAAGAUAUGUCUGUGCCCUCCAAGCAAUCGUCCGAUGAGGCUUUCAAGAAUAUUGAAGAGUCAUAUGAAGAAGGAUCAAGUUUAGAAUCUUCCCAAACAUACUUUGGUCCAGAUAGUAGAGAAAAGCUGCUGCCUACUUCGAGAAGAAAUUACAGAGAAAGAGCUUCUACUCCAAUAAAAGAAACACCAGAUAUUUCUCCUACUGCUUGGAAAUCAUCAACUAAGAGCUUUUUGAGCGCUGCAGAUUCUGGGCAUGAGCUGCAUGAUAGCAAACCAGGCCAAACAGAAUCCAAAGAAUCGAAAUCAAGAAGGCCAGUAAAUUAUUUUGAUUUCGGUGGUAACGAGGUAGAGGAUUUGGAGCCAGUCCAAGACAUUGGAAGAAGAGGAAGUGGAGAUAUAAAGCUUUCAAGAAGGACAAAAGGCACAACAUCAGAGGGCACAAAAGGUGGUAUUUCUAAAACUCACACCGAACCUAGUAAAGAAAUUAAUAAGCAAGUGGAAAGUACGCGCAGGAAGUGGAGAAAUCGUGAGCCUUUUCCAGGUGCAACACCUGAGAAAAUUUUAGAUGGUGAAGAAAUAUCUAUGCGGUCGGAUUUGUUGAUUCAACAACCUUCUACAAAACCUUUGGAGUCGGCAUCUCCAUCAUUCAAGGAAGCUUCAAAGUCAUCAGCACUUGGCAGUAAUCAAGCUCGUCUUGUAGAAGAUGAGAAUGAUGCAACAACCGCAACCAUUACCGCAGGAUCAGCAUCGGCGGAAGCUUCCUCAACUUCGAGUAGUGCUUCUCAUAUUCACCCUAAACUACCGGACUAUGAUUCCUUCGCUGCUCAUUUUCGUUUACUUCGCUCGAAUCGACAGUGAUUAGAGGCACCUUUUUAACUCUGGUUGAACAUGCAUUAUGUUUGUAGAGUGCUCAGUGAAUAUUCAAUUUUUCAGUAAUUCGUAUAUGUAGCUAUUUGUAAAGUUCACGAUAGU